CAUAAAUCAGGUUCCUUGGGUAAUACAAGAGGAAUAAUUUCGCCUUUGAGAACAUCGCAUCACAGAUGGUACGGAGUUAAUUGCCUGGAUUCGACGCAUGGAAGAAGGCUACCAAUCAGUACAUAGCGGCAGUGAGUGUAUGAUCAAGGCGACCGCCGACGGUCGAAUGCAUCGGUGGGCAUUGAGAAGACAAAACAUACAAUGCUCAUAUUGUUGUACUCUAGAAUUGAUAAAUUAAAUAAAUAACGUUUCUAUCUCAGCAGCCCUCAACUGACCUAAACAUUCAUUCUUUUACUUUUACCAUCUCACUUUAAGCCGUCGACGCGUCGAACACCAUUUGAUUCAUCCGAGGGAACAUCUCUUCGCAAGCAACACUCUCAACAGGUAAUCUCGAGUGUGCUGAACUCGUCCUCAAGUAGAUCAUGGACAAACUCCCGUCGGACCCAGAGAACCCAUUCGUUACUCCUUUUAGGAAACGUACAUGGGUACCAAGCUCUGUCAAGAGCGUGAACUCAGCCAAACGACGACGCAUAUCUUCUGCGUCGGUGGAUCUCACAGGAGACUUCAAUUUACCAGUCGAGUUGGACAGUGGAAGUCAAGGGAGUUCUUCAACAGCUGAUCGGUUCAUACCGACACAUCCCCCAGGGUUCGCAUCGCUGUCUGUAACACCACGCACGAACCGCAUAGCGCGUACGCUUGGUUUAGUGGACGACAAGAUCUUCAGUUACAAGGAUGCGCCGAAACUGAGACCCCUCGGAGCAUCCAAUAGUAUUGCAGACCUCCGGAACGAGUCUCUGAAAUCUCUAUCACGUUCCAUAUCAGUUCAAUCCUCCUCAGCAGCCGUUCACCUAGCGAAGCGACAAUUUCUACUUGCUCUGGAUGGGCCAGGUGUUUCGAAGGAUGUUUAUGACUAUCCAAUCAGUUGGUCUGCAGGAAAGACGAACUUGAUUGCUGUCGCUUGUAACGACGAUAUUUAUUACCAAGACCUAGACACUAAGGCGAUUACACACAUGUGUUCCUUCGAUGAGGAACAAGGAAACCCCAUUAGUCUGGAAUGGUGCAAGGAUACUCCCACUACUCUCGCAGUAGGCACCACUUUGGGCUCAAUAGCGUUCUGGGACGUUCCCUCCAAGACGCGUGUUAAUUAUUGGCAAGACGAGACCUUCAACGAUAUCGGUGCCAUGAGCUGGAGUGGGCCUGUGCUUGCUGCUGGUGAGGCGAGGGGUGGCGUUGGACUUUACGAUAUCCGAAAGAAGGAUUUGAUUGCGAAAUUGACGAGGCAUAAGUCGAAAGUUGUCGGGUGUAGGUGGAGCGUGGAUGGACUUCAUCUGGCGACAAGCGAUAAGCAAGGGAUCGUGAAUAUUUGGGAUGCGAGGGCUGGUAAGAAGUUAACGAAUAAUGAUCGGAUGGGCGGGAAAGUCAAACAUGGAUCUCCUGUCAAGGCUUUAGCUUGGUGUCCGUGGAAGCCAGAACUGCUCGCGACUGGCUCUACCUAUCCAGAUGGGAAAAUUCGUAUCUUCAACGUCAAAUCUACGUCUACUUCUAGGUCCUCCAGCUCCUCAAUCAUGAAGGCGGAGCACACGAUCAGUCUUAGCACAUCCAUAACAUCUCUACAUUGGUCACCUCACUGCAAGGAACUUCUCAGCACGCAUGGUUCCUCAUGGAACCCUCAAGCAUCGUCAGCACGGCCCAUUCCCGUACCAGACUCACCACUUUCCAACUCGAUCGCGGUUCAUGCAUAUCCUUCAUGCCGCAAGGUUGUAACUGUGACGAAAGCGCAUUUAGGUGCUAUCGGUCAUAGUGUCCUAAAUGCAGACGGCACACGUUUGUUCACGAUUUGUCCCAUCGAGGAAGCGAUGAAGAUGUGGAAAGUUUGGGAGGCGGAGCCGUCUGUGGGAAGGAAGAGUGCGUUUGAUAGAUAUGUGAUUCGGUAGAGAUGCACUAGGUUUUUUUUUUGCCGGGGGUAUCGGACGCUUUGUAUUCGAAUGUCGUCACUCGGCACUUGGUUAUCGGACCUGUGCUCACACACAAUUGUAGCCUCCUAUUCUUGUUCUCUGUUCUGUUGAAAGCUUUCAUGUUAUUUCAUCGUCAUCUGUAUUCUUCUUUGGUUAUUGAAUGUACUGUAGUUAGUUGUAUGCUGUAGUACUCACAGAUUGUAGCAGCCUUGUCUUAGUAGGUUGAAUGGAAAGGGUAUAUGAAGACUAGUUUGUUGUUGAAGAGAACGCGUACUUACGCGUAUCAUUCUAUUUCAAAUCCCACGUGCUGGGAGACACUUACUAUACAUCACUCAAUGACAACGCCU